AUGUUAAUGACAAUAAGCACACUAGAAGGGUAUUCAGAAAAUAAUAUUAAAAAUAAUAUUAAUAUAGCAACAACAAAAACAUUCAUUUCCAUACCAGAAACAUCGUCAUCCUUCCCUUUAAUAAUUAAUUCAAGCAGACAAAAUAAUUUAAAUUUAAUGGAUAAUCAGGAAAGUAGUAAUAAUGAGGAAGAUCAAGAAGAGGCGGGGUGUACUAAUUCACAUAUAAUUUCCGCUCAGACAAUAAUAAGCUUUACGGAGAACAUGGAUGCUGUUAUGUUUGUUUUAACCCUGUUUUCAUCCUUUUUACAACUUUAUGUAAUGUUUGCAGCUCUAAAACAUAUCAAAAGGAAAACUAGUGAUAAAUGUUUGCAUGUAUUUUUGUUGAGUAUGACUAUGGCUGAUUUUUUACUUACAGGUUUGGGGAGGGAGGAGAGGUUUUUGAGGGAAUUAUUAAAAAGAAUUAUUUUUCUAGCUUUGUGUUACCCUGUAGAAUUGGCACCUAGAGCUGGAUUGAUAAGCAAAUUUCCUCGUUUUAUAUCAGCUUUAAUGCAUAUUUUGUGUUGGAUUGGGUUGAUAGUUUCGUCAUUAUCUCUAGUCUUUUUAAAUUUGGACAAGUUGAUCUUCUUCCGUUUUCCUUUGAGAUAUUCCACUUGUUUUACACGAGCACGUGCAAUUUAUUUAGCUUUGGGUUGUUGGUUUUUAAGCACAGCUUUUGUGCUAUUCGCUUGGUCAACAGAAUCAUUCCAUUGUGUAGACGAGGAUUGCGUAACUUUGGCAAUAUUCCCAAAUCGUCUCUAUAUUUAUUUACCUUUUAUGAUUUGUGUGGGAGUGAUCCCAACAAUUACCUCCUUAAGUGUUGCGAUUUAUAUUAUGAAGGUUGUGAGUGAACAUAGAAGGCAGAUUAAAUCACAGGGUAAGGGAAAAUAA